AUGCCUUUGCCAGAUACCCCCCCCUCCCUCUCUUCCUCUGUCAUCAUCCAUCCGUUCUCUGCCUCCGCCAUCCACACUCUGAUACGAGAUGGAGUGACCGAAAACAUCUGUCCAUCCUUCCGUGUGGCUAUGUGUUCGCCCGGUGGCUCAUUGCACCUCUUGCUAAUCGCCACUUUCACUUCACUCAUCACCUCGUACAGUGCGGACAUUCUGUCGGCCAUCUUGGCGGCCAUCCUGGCUUCCGGGGCCUAUUCCUUAGCCGUUUGGGCCACCACGCGCCGUUUCCACUGGCAAUUCAUGCAGGAGCUCUUGUCGGGGGACCUGGAGAUCCGGCCAGGCCGGUCGGUGUGGGUGGGUUGCAUUGGGGGCAAAGUAGUGGGUUCUGUGGCCAUUGAGGCCGAUAAUCGCACUCACUCCCCUUCCCCUCGUGUUUGCUGGUUCUGUUCAUUCUAUGUGAAUGUCUCCUGGCGCAGAUUAGGUGUGGGACAACUUCUGGCCCAAACCGCGCUCCGUCACGCACGCAAUUCCGGUUAUAUCGAUGUCUAUCUAGACACCUUUCACACCCGGCGAGAUGCUCCAAAUUGUAUGGCAAAUUGGGCUUCCGUUUCUUGGGAGACAUACCCCGAUCUCAUCCCAGAUGGUGGAAGAGCUUUGUUUAUGCUAAAGGCCUCCGAUACUCCCUCUCAAUCCAGGAAAUCCUCCCGAAGUGAAACGCGCUGUUCAAAUGUCAUCUUGUUUUUGUUGUUGUUUUUCCUGCUGUUGAUAUGCCUUGGAGAUGCAGCUUGGGGCCCACACACGUUCUGAGGCCUAGGUAGCCUUGAGGUCCAUUAAUUGAUGAAUAGCGUGUGUGCAAGUAAGGAAACCUGCCCACUUACGGU